AUGAGUGUAUUAUUAGCAUAUGUAAAGAGAUGUUAUAAAUGUCAAUGGGGCAAAACUUAUAUAAUGAAAUCAGAUAAAGGAGAAUUUACAGGUGAAAGUGCUCCAUUAUGGAAGAAUGUAUCUCCUGCUGCAUUUUUGGCAUAAUGCAUAAUCUCUUUAUUAAUGAUUGCUGCAGUUAUUAUUGCAUAUGUUGUUGAAAUUAAUGGUUUGGAUGAUAAUUGUACAGUCUCUUAUAAACCUUGGAUUAUAGGAUAAUUAAUUGCUGUGUUCUUUUCUAGUCUUCUAGACUUUUACAUUUAUAGAGUCAAAUAUGCUUCUGAUGAUAGAUGGUUUAGAUUAAUUGUAGUUAUCUUAUGCUAAAUUGCACUUUUAGUUGCUAUAGGAGGCAUUUCUUUCUUUUAAGGUUUAAAAGUAUUAUUGGGUAUGGGAGAUUAAUGUUAAUUACCUGAAGAAGAAACUGAUGAAACUGAUGAAACUGAUUAAACUAAUUAAACUGAUUAAACUGAUUAAACUGAUCAAUAAACUACAGAUGAAUAAGAAUUUUAUACUCCUGAAAAUCUAUUUGGUAAUUAAAUUUGGAUGGCCAACUUUUUCAUAUCUGCAACUACUCUGUUAAUUUUAUUAAUUAAACUUAUUGUCUUAUGUUUCUUAACUAAAAAUAUUUAUUUUAGCACUCAUCGUUUUGUUGCUAUAGCAUCCAAACCAGAAGAAAAAAAAUUUGUCGAUUGA